CGACGUUAUUACUUCUUCGGACUGUUUUUUUUUUUUUUUUUUACGAUAAUUUAUUUCAUUAUACCCCCCGCCCCCCCCUUCCCCUCCAGCCUUCGAAACGGAUUUACAAAGCCUCUCUUCUGAGCCUGCAAUGAGAUUCAACACUUUGGAGAGACUAGUCGUCCAUUGACGGCUGCGAAGUUGCCACGUGGCAAGAAGAAGGAGAAGGAGGAGGAGGAGGAGGAGGGCUGGCGAUUGGCAAGGAUGGAUAUUCAACCUCCUCCAAGAGCCUCCCCACGGGGAUGCCGGCGUAGGACGCAAGGCCUCACGGGCCGUUGUUGACCUGCUGUCUUGGUGAUUGAUGGCGGCUCCGGGAGGGGGGGAGGCUCCGGGCCACUGCAGACUCCUCGCUCUCUCCUCCGUUUCCCUUCACUCAUACGCUUGCGCCGCCAUCCGCAGGAGCCCUCAGAUCUGACGCUCGGGAGGGGCGGACGCAGCGAAAUCAAUGGAAGCGCGCCGAGUAACGAAGUGAUGUUCCUGCGCUCGCGUGCCCAUACCGCGCACUGCUCUGCCUCCACGUAGCGGGACGUUCCCGGCGAAAGGCAAUCCCCCUAAAGGUGUAACGUGCGAGUGAGAGCCCCGAGGUGCCCUCGCCAUGGUGUUGCCGCCUCCCGACAAACGCCACGUGUGCUUGACCACCAUUGUCAUCAUGACCAGCAUGGCCCUGAUGGACGCCUACCUGGUGGAGCAGAACCAGGGUCCCAGGAAGAUCGGCGUGUGCAUCAUCGUGCUGGUGGGGGACGUGUGUUUCCUCAUCGUGCUGCGCUACGUGGCGGUGUGGGUCGGGGCCGAGGUGCGCACGGCUCGGCGGGGUUACGCCAUGAUCCUCUGGUUCCUGUACAUCUUCGUGCUGGAGAUCAAGCUCUACUUUGUCUUCCAGAAUUGCAAGGCCGACAGGAAGAGUCUGGAGACGGUGGCGCGGAAAGCGUUGACGUUACUUUUGUCGGUGUGCGUGCCGGGUUUGUACUUGGUUCUGGUGGCGCUGGACAGCAUGGAAUACGUCAGGACUUUCCGCAAGAAGGAGGACAUGCGAAGCCGUUUGUUCUGGGUGGCGCUGGACUUACUGGAUCUUCUGGACAUCCAAGCGAAUCUGUGGGAGCCCCAACGCACGGGCCUCCCCAUCUGGGCCGAGGGCUUGAUGUUCUUCUACUGCUACAUUUUGCUCCUCAUCCUGCCCUGCGUGUCGCUCAGCGAGAUCAGCAUGCAGGGCGAGCACAUGACCCCCCAGAAGAUGAUGCUCUACCCGGUCCUAAGCCUGGUCACCAUCAACGUGGUCACCAUCCUGAUCCGAGGCGUCAACAUGGUGCUGUUUCAGGACAGCCGCGUGUCCACCAUCUUUGUGGGCAAGAACGUGGUGGCCAUCGCCACCAAGGCGUCCACCUUCCUGGAGUACCGCAGGCAGGUCAAGGAGUUCCCGCAUCCGCAGAACGCCAUGGCCAUGGAACUGCAGCAGAACUCGGUGGGCCACACGCAGACGCUCCCCAACGCCACCGCUUUGCCGCACGAACCCACGCCGGCGCAGGACGUCAUUGACACAUGACCGCCAGCAUCUCGCCGCUGGAAUGCGCACCAAACGGCGUCAUGGAAUUUCCACGUGAAAUCGGACAACAACACGGUACCUUGGUUUUCGAGUGAGUUUUUCCAGUUCGUCAAGAACGAAAAAUUUAUUUACAGGCUUCGCGUCUUGGAAGAAAUGAUCCUCCGAAGCCAGGGUACUACUGUAUUGUGUUUAAAAGUUCAGACUGUGCUGAGAGACUCCAAACCCAGCAGCCGGGGAAAUUUAUGUCGUGUAAAAAUUGGUCCUCUCUCUGUAAGUGUCUUUUUUUUUCUUUUUUUUUUCUUUUUUUAAAAGGUCACCAGUACCAGCACCAAACGAGGGAACGUUUAGCUUCCCCGUUUGCCUCCAAUCGGGGCAAAAGAGGAGCAGAUGGUGACAAAUGGCCACGGCGAGCAGGCGGCCUGCGCUUCGGCCACGUGCGCUUGUGUUGUGUAACUUGUAGAAGCCGACGCCUCGGGCGGUUUGAUGCUUUGGAACUAUGGGUCGGAGUAAAACAAGCACUCCAGCGGCACUGGACCGUCGACUGCGCACACAAACACACAGUGUGCAUCGCCCCGUGAGCGCGAAAGAGCAUGCGCACUAUUCGAUAUAACGUACGCCUCCGAGUGCGUUUGUGCGCAAAGGUGUGCUUGUUUACCACCGGGGGAUUUGUUUAUGACGGAUCAUUUUGUAAUACAAGUGUGUCUGUUGGUGUGUGAAGUGCAAAUGGGAUUAAUCUAUUUGUUGAUGUCAGGUAAAAAAAAAAAAAAAAAGGAAAAAAGGGAGGGGGUGAUUUUAUUUCUCAACUGUACAUUCCUCUAAACGUCUCAAACCUUGAAAUGAAAGAAUAAAUUAUCAGAGUGACAAAAAAAAAAAAAAGCAACUUAAACAAGCUGAACAGACUUUUAUUUCGUUCAUUAUGAUUUGUUUUGUUCUUAAUAUUGUUGUUGUUAUGAUUAUCCUGUAUAUUAUUUACGAGCGGGAGGCCAAUGAUGUUUGAAUAAAAGAACAUUGCCGACAA